ACCGAGAGUAUACAGAGAGAUAUUGUGUGCGCUUUAGUCUGUCCAUUUUAGCUUGUCCUUGGGACGAUCUGAUCCAUAGAUCGCAAUCCGGAGCCACUAUAUACCGUAGGAUCAGAGGUGUGAAUAGUUCCAUCUGCUCCAAUAGUAGAUAGGCGGGCCGUUGAAGAACCGUUCUUCUGCUUUGUGAGGGUUCCAAACUUUAUGUAGACCGUCAGAUCUUGAGGGCUCACCUUCCGCGCCUCCCUACAGUGGUAUCAGAGCAUUUAACGGCGGAUCUCCGAUUAUUUUCAUCUAAAAAGAGAUGGCCACCAAAGCGUUAAUCGCUGAACAGCUGAAAGGACAACAUUUCGACGACAACAACUACGAAGACUGGUCCCGCGCGGUGCGAUGCCUUCUAGAUGAGGACGACAUAUCUCACACACUCGAUGUAUUUCAAGAGGAACCCAUCCUGGCUGAAAACGAGAAUUUACAAGAACAUAGGGUUGCGAUGACUCGCUAUAAUAAAUGGCGAAAAUAAAAUUGUUCAGCCCGUAAUGUCCUUCUUAGCACUAUACACAAAGAACUCAUACCUACGUAUGAAGCGCAUGAAACCACUAAGGGAAUCUGGGAAGCACUGACAGAUACCUAUGCGCAGAAGUCAGAUGCGAGAGUUAGGGCAAUGGAAUUAGAAUUCCAGGAGUACAGGAUGCCUGUCGGCUGCCCCAUCAAAGAUCAUAUUCGUAAGAUGGAGCAUAUGAUAGGUGCCCUUAGGAAUGUUGGGUGUAAAUUGACUGAAAAUCAGAAGAUUAUAGCCAUGCACCAUUCCUUGCCUGAAUCUUGGGCUCAAAUCAAAAGAAUUCUGAACCAUACUGAUUCUAUCACUACGUUUAGAGACUUUUGUGGCUACUUGGUAUGUGAGGUUCAAAUGAAUGUAAUUCAGCCAAGUUCGGCCAAGGCCUUUGUAGCAGAGACCCAUAAAUGGAACGCUAACAAUAAACGGUCCAAAGCUCGCAAGAAGGCGAAGAAGAAUAAUCAAGAACAGAAGACCAGAGCACCUGCUCCAAAUCUCAAGAAGGGGAAUGGAAAGAAGAAGAAGAAAAAGACAAAUAUAGUCUGCUUUGCCUGUGAAAAUUCUGGCCAUUAUGCUCGGCAGUGUGCCCAUAAAAAGACGGCGCAACAAAACACGUGACACAAAGUCGUCAAGGACUCGAGGAAUUUCGGCCUGUAGCCAAAGGAAGUUACAAGCUCUAUAUGGGCAAUAACGCUGUUGAAGACGUACAAGGGAUUGGCGUU